AUGCGAAGACCAGCUAUUGGGGUGUAUUUGUACUUAUCUCUUGUGUUAUUUUACAGCUUGGUGACACCUAAAGAAACAGAAGGCUCCCAGUCUCAUUCACAAUCAAUGUCACCAUCAGAUUUUCUGGACAAACUGAUGGGAAGAACAUCAGGAUAUGAUGCAAGAAUUAGACCAAACUUUAAAGGCCCACCUGUUAAUGUCAGCUGCAACAUUUUUAUCAACAGCUUUGGUUCAAUUGCGGAGACAACUAUGGAUUACCGUGUUAACAUCUUCCUGAGGCAGCAGUGGAAUGACCCGCGACUGGCAUACAGUGAGUAUCCAGAUGACUCUCUGGACCUGGACCCUUCUAUGUUGGAUUCAAUCUGGAAACCAGAUUUGUUUUUUGCAAACGAAAAAGGAGCAAACUUUCAUGAAGUUACAACAGAUAACAAAUUGCUGCGAAUUUUCAAAAAUGGAAACGUCCUCUAUUCUAUAAGAUUGACUUUAAUUCUUUCGUGCCCUAUGGAUCUAAAAAAUUUCCCGAUGGAUGUUCAAACGUGUAUAAUGCAGUUGGAAAGUUUUGGCUACACGAUGAAUGAUCUUAUUUUUGAAUGGCAAGAAAAUGGGCCGGUGCAGGUGGCAGAAGGGCUGACCCUUCCGCAGUUCCUUCUCAAAGAAGAGAAUGAUUUGCGAUACUGCACAAAACAUUACAAUACAGGAAAGUUUACGUGCAUUGAAGUAAGAUUUCAUCUUGAGAGACAGAUGGGCUAUUACCUAAUUCAAAUGUAUAUUCCGAGUCUACUUAUUGUCAUUCUGUCCUGGGUGUCAUUUUGGAUAAACAUGGAUGCAGCUCCUGCUAGAGUAGCUUUAGGUAUCACAACAGUACUUACAAUGACUACACAAAGCUCUGGAUCUCGAGCUUCGCUUCCUAAGGUAUCCUAUGUUAAAGCCAUUGAUAUCUGGAUGGCGGUUUGCUUGCUGUUUGUGUUCUCUGCCCUGUUGGAGUAUGCUGCUGUGAAUUUUGUGUCAAGGCAACACAAAGAACUGCUUCGACUUCGGAGAAGGAAAAAGAAAAAGAAUGUUGAGGGGGUACUUGAUGGAAAUGAAAACAUAGAAACCAUGCGACGUAGCAAUGGCUUGAGAAGCAGCGAACCAAUAUACGGCACUUUGGCUCAAAUCUACGGUUCAAAUUUUGGGGAUGAUGAGGUGAGAGAAAGCCGAUUUAGCUUCAGUGCGUAUGGGAUGGGACCAUGUCUGCAACCGAAGGAUGGACUUCCUGGAAAAGGAUCAAAUAGCUUGCCUGCACCGAAAAGCCAAGAUGACAUGAGAAAGCUAUUCAUUGACAGAGCCAAGAAAAUUGACACAGUAGCGAGAGCUGGUUUUCCGUUAGCCUUUUUAAUUUUCAACAUUUUCUAUUGGGUGAUCUACAAAAUCAUUAGGCGUGAGGACAUACAUCAGCAGGACUAGUUUCCGAACUCAAGCAGACAUCAGUUACCAAUGAUUCGAGCAUUAAAACAAAUAAACAAUCAAAAGGGAAUGAA